AUGAAGGAGGGAUUAAGUACCAAGUAUCAAGAAGUCCGAGAUGGAAAGAAGCAGAAGUCUGAGAUGGAGAGAAGCUAUGGACAGCAUGAGGUGUCGAAGGUGGCAAGAAUCGAUAAGGAUCAAAAAGGAAAAAGGAAAACCUGCAAAGAAUUGUUACCCCCCUUGGAUACUUCAGAGGAUGAUGGCUCUUCCUCAGAUGCAAGGGAACAGGCCAAACACUGUGCAAAAUGCCUUGCAAAGCUUGAUAUUUCUCCUUCUGAAGAGGAGUCUGAUGAAGACAAAUAUCAAGAUGAAGAAACCAAGGAAGAAGAAGCUGAGGAAGAAUACAAAGAAGUACCUGUGCCUUCAUUGAAGGCAAAGUUAUCCAAGAAGCGUGCAUUCUCCAAGACUCUCUCCUCAAAAUCUACAGCAAUGAAGACUUCCUUGACUACUACAGUACUCCAGGCUGCCAUACAUAUGACAACGAAGUCACUCGAGAAGAGUGCAGAAUCUAGCGCUCUACCAAAAAGCUCCACAGCAAUGGAGACUGACUCACCCGCUCCCCAAGUUGAUUUAUUUGAUGAUGUUGGUGAAGACCUUGCUCUGUGCCAGGAAGGCAUAGAUGAUGCACAGAAGCUUGGAUGCAAGACACUUGAGGCUGCCAAGGCAAUUGGAGACAAGUAUGGAAAAUCUGCACAUACAAUACUCAUUGAGGCUGGUGAUUGGAAAAAGAGACAACAUGAUCACUACUAUGCCAUCCAAGAUGAUGACCCACUGUGGGAUGACAUACAAGCGCACUAUGAGUUCUACUUAGGUGGAGCCAAUAACAAUCAGUCGUGUGCCAGCAUUGUUAUUUCUACAAGGGAUACACUUGCUAAGUGUAUUGGAUUGUUACUGCAGCAAAGUAGGGCAAAAAACUACCAGCUAGCACUGCCACAGUUUGUCAUGGUGCUUGAGAAACUAGAACAAUUUGGCUAUAAAACAAAGUCUGUCCAGUGGUGGAAACUACUUGAUGUUGCAUACCAGAACAAGUUUCAAUUCAAACUCUGGCCUGAUGAAGUUCAUCUGGUUGGCCCAGACUUCAACUACCAGACCCUUAGCACUCAACACCUGAAGCUACUUGUCAUGUCUUACAUCAAUGAUGAUGAUCUAGCGCGUCCAGGAUGCCACCAAGUGGGACUUCAGCUGCAGAUGAUGCAGCAUCAUAAGCAACCACAUGUAGAAGAUUACGCGGAUGAACAAUUUGAAUCUGAGGCUGAUAGCUUGAUUUUAACAGACUCUCAUAUUAGGAAGAAGUCAAAGGUUAUAUAUUAUCAUGAUGCUGCUGUGCACAUUGAAUUGCCAUCCCAGCACUUCAUUCCUGCUCAUCUUCGACCAUGA